AACACUGCGAUGACAAGUUGCAGAGUUUCUCGCUCCAGCAUCUACAAGGAGGGACUUGCAGAUGCAACCGAGCGUGAGAAGGACGCUGAGGACAUUCACUUUGUUGGCGGACCCUCGGCGUUGAAGGCGCUCGUCCACUUUUCACUCGUGGAUACCUGGAAGCACCUGACACACUUGGAGUGUUUUUGCCUGAGGCCAAAAAAAAACCCCCAACAAAAAACAAGCAACUGGACUGGAAGGACUGUCGAGGUCAGGAAGUGGUUACCUGAAACAUGGAGGUCUUUUCUACUUCCAGGAAACUUACUUUGCUGUCAGUGACCUGCCUGUGGAUGUUGCCAGGCAUAUGGGCACAGAUACUGAUACCCCAACCCCAUAUGGCUGUGACUAAGGGUCAGAUGGUGGUUCUGAAGGUCUCAUACAUCUCAGCGCCGGGUAGUGACUUGAGCACCAACACCAUUCUCUGGAACCUUGUUUCCAACAGCACUCAGCAGAUCAUCUCUUACACAAAGGGCUCCAUAAACGUGGGGAGUCCCCAAUUUACAGGCCGAGUUGGGUUCACCUCUAGCAUGCCCUCAAGCAAUGUGUCGCUGUACAUCAACAACACCCAGGAGUCCGAUUCAGGACGCUACCUCUGCCAGGUCAUCAUUCCGGAUAACCCUGGCCUCACUGCUGAUCUCAGCCUGGAUGUCCAGGUACCCCCUGCUGUUCCAAAGUGCAGCUUAUCAGGGAGAGUGGAGCUGAAAGGAAAUGUGACUCUGAAAUGCACGUCCAGCAGUGGGAAGCCACUUCCUUUGUAUAGGUGGAGGAAAACAAGUCCCACCUCAGAAGUCUUCUUUUCACCGAUGCUCGAUGAGAAGGCAGGCACGCUGAAGCUGAGUAACCUGAGCAAGAGCAUGUCAGGCAAGUAUGAGUGCACUGCCAGCAAUACAGCCGGAUCAGAGAGAUGCUUCAUCAGCCUGGAGGCCAUCACAUCCAAUAAUGUCGGGGUGAUCGUAGGCGCCACUGUGGGCUCAGUGGUCGGUUUCCUCUGCCUUUUCUUCUGCCUCUCUGGCUUGUUUUUCCUGCUGAAGAGGCGGCGAGACAACGAAGAUGACAUGGCAAACGAAAUCAAAGAGGACGCUCAAGCUCCCAAACGUGUGUCCUGGGCGAAAAGCGGCAUGGGGUCCGACAUCAUAUCCAAGAACGGCACCUUGUCCUCCAUUGCCUCCAGCCCACAACACAGAGAGCCCACCAACCACCACCAUCAUCUGCAGCACUACCCCCAGCGGCCUCCCUCCGACACAGCCUCCAUCAUUACAGCUGCCGGUAGCACAGCUGGCUAUCGUCCAUCGCGCCAUCAAGGAGCCUCCACACCGACCCACUACAGCUACAAUGACAACACCACCCUGCCACGUGGGCAGCCUGCCCCUUCGGAGGCCAACACCAACGGGGGUGCCCAGCCCACACCAGAGCGCUACACCCAGCUGCCACAGGCCCAGGUGCUCCCACAGACCUAUAGCCAGCCUCAACAUCAAGCCACCCCACCGCCUCCACCAUUGCCGUCCUCCACAGUCUCAGCCUCCAACAUCACCCGCAUGGGUGGGGUGCCCAUUAUGGUGCCUGCACAGAACCAGGCUGGAUCUCUUGUCUAACAACAGCCAUUACUUGCAAAGGAAAUCUGUAGACUGUGGAAUACUCUCUCUUUACUCUCCCGAGGGACAUCUGCAGAUUUGUUUUUUUUAAAUGGAGCUUUGUUGUUAUUAUUUAGCACUGAUUUCAAGUAGAAAAACGGGCAAUUUUCAAGCAUUUAGGACACUCACUACUUGCUUCGAGUACUUAAAUAUUUUUAUAUUCUUCACAUACUGUAUAUGUACGUUGCAGAAUAUGUACAAAUGCGAUUUUUCAUACAACCUUUUCUACUUUGCAAUUCUAAUGUUUUUAUUUGACUGUAUUCAAUUCCAACUGCUUUUAUUUGUCACAUUAUUUUGUUUGCCUUUAUGAAGCUCAUAAAACGCUCUUAGACAACGAUCUAAACGCAAUUUAUUUAGCUGAGCACAAUUUGGGAUUGUUUUGUUAACACUUUACUUGCGGGUCCAGAAUUAAGUUAGUAUUUAUUGCUCAUGGGCCCUACAGUGUUCCUGUCCUUUCAGGCCAUCUGACAGACCAGAAACUACAAAACGCCAAGCCAAUAAAUGCUCCUUUAACCCGCACGAGGCCACUUUAAACGUCUUCAAAUGUGUCCUAUACAGCUUUGUGCUUGACUAGGUGACGCUUGGGGAAACAUUUUGGAGUGGUUGUCAUGUGACGAUCCCACGUGGGCGAUACUGAAAAAUAUGGUAUCGAUCCGAUAACAAGUACAUUCAGGAACAUUAUUUCCGAUACCUUUUGUGAUACCAAUGCUUUUUUUUACUUGGAAAUUUUCAAGGUUAUUGCAUAAUUUUGCCUUUCAUUUGUUGUUUGUCUGAUUAUAAUCAACAACAUACAAUGUAAUAAUAUCAGCAGAAUAACAAUUAGUCCCCUUUAUUACAUACAAUUGUUUGAGCAAGAUAAAGUCAGUAGUGCAAAAUAAGCAAACAAAAACAACAUGAGCCAGAGUUUCUUUGGCUCAAGCAAAACACAUAUUUGUGACAACAAAAAUAGAACUGAAAAUGAUCGCUCACAUUGCGCUCUACUGUAUUGAUCUUAUACUGACACAGCCAUUGACAUCGACACUCUCGAUAUUUGGAUCGAUCCGCCUAGAAUGCAGGGUGUCAGGUAAGCUAGUUCGUUUACAAAAAAGCGUAUUUUUUGCCAUUAAAGCUAAUUUUAAAACAAUUGAAUACUGCUAAUGCUUUAGUGGAGUGUCAAGUAUUGCAAUUAAACUGUUCUUACCGUAUUUCUUCAAUUAAUUCAUACAAAACAUGCUAGGAAACUCGACUUGACCUGACGUGACGUAUUUGCCACAAUAGCAAAAAAAAAAAACCACGCUAAUAAGACGCUCAAUAUAUGACACCGUGUCAAUGAUUUUCUAUGAAUUUUUGGUUUUAGUUAUUUUUUUCAAAUAAGGUAUACAUUUACCAUGAACAAUAUGUACCACCUCACAUCUUUUACAUGAAUUAGUGGAAUUAAAAAAAAAAAAAAAAACACAUCACAAAUGUCUUAUAUAUCCCCCAUCAGUUUACAUUAAUUGGCUCUGGCUUCUUUUGUCUUAAAUUAUUUGGAUAUAAAAUCAACAUUUGAAAUGUAAAUAUGCUAUUUUCUUUUAAUUAUGACAGCAAUACACAAUAUCAGCCAUUCUCAGAUUACGCAUCAUUAUCUGCCUUGAACAGUGGAUGCUGAACCAAAGAAAAACAAAAUGUAUCAUGUUCAUUUCUCAACAUGCUUUUGUUUGCUUUCCAGUUGUGAUUGGUAUACAACAAUUACUUUUUAAUGUGUGUUGAUAGGAAGCAGCAUGGCUACAGCAGGGGUGUCCAAAGUGCGGCCUGCGGGCCAUUUUUUGACCUUGGCUUGUUUUUUUAUUGGCCCUUGUUAUUUUGUAAAAAAUGUAAUUUAUUGUUAACAAGAUUAGAUUACAACGGUACCUCAGUUUUCAUUAGUAAUCUGUUCCAAAAGGUCUGACGAAAACCGAAGCUCGAGGGCUGCAACUAACGCUUAUUUUGUUAGUCGAUUAAUCUGAAGCUUCUUGUUUCGAUGAAUCGAUGAAUCUGAUUUAAAAUAGUAUUGAGAAACUGCUAAUAUCUAAUUAUCUGUACUGUAAAGACUGAACUCGAACUGAAACCAGCGAAAUGCAACAAAAUGGAGAGCAGUGAAGCAUAUACUGUAAGCAUAUUCAAGAGUCAAAUUGCAUGCUGAGUACGACAAAUUCAUACAUGUUGGCAGGUCUGCACUAAUAUUGAAAGUCCUCCCUGCCUCUCACGCCCCCGACAGUUCACCAUCCCACUUUUUGAGAAGCACUGGCAUAUAUCGACCGACACUGGGUUGCUUUUACUAUCUUUCAUGUAAAAAAUGUAUCAAAACGGCGCCUGUAUCCUUCCGUUUUUCUAUAUACAGUCGACCCUCGCUCCAUCACGGUUCCAACAUCGCUCCCUCAGGGUAUCGCGUUUUUUCAAGAAUUAAUUAAUAAUUGCUGUGUCGUGGUUGACUACGGCCUAUUACUAGUCCAAAAAAAGCAUUUUUAAUCAAAUGUUACAUAUUCUAGGCCUAAAUUACGGUAAGCAUUUUCAAGUAUGAAAAUAUUCUCCAUGAACUAAAAUACAAAUACACGUCCGGGAGACAUUUAUUGAAACAUACAUGAGCACGAGUCUUACUUAGGUCUUAAAUGGCUUAUUUCCUCAGAAUACAUACUAUACUACUAUAUUGGCUAAUAUGACCGUAAAGGUGACUAUAGGGGUGUUAUUUCUUGUCUAGAGGGCUCUAAUAAUGACAACAAUUGUGUUUAGAAAAUCAUAAACAAGUUUUCUAUGCUCUAUGAAAAUAUUUGUUUUUUUAAUAUUGUGUAAAUUCACUUAUCGCGGUCAGGUCUGGAACCAAUUAACCGCCAUAAACGAGGGAUUGCUGUAAAACAUUUGGACACCCCCGGUCUAAAGGGUGGACAAAACAAACGGUUGAAUAUCUUAAGUUGUUUGUAUUCCAUGUGCGUUGGCCUUUUUAAAAGCAGUUUGGAUUGAUCUCUGAAACCUGUAUAGUAUGUAAAAUUGCUGUCAUUUGGCCUGUUGUAUUGUCAUGACACUGGAGCUAAUAGCCAUUGUUUUCAUUUACUGUGAUGUGGCUUGAAUGUCAGGAAAACAAUUGAGAUUGUUCAUGUUGUUUAAGGAUAACAAAUAGACGCUGUCGUAUGUUAAUCAGUGUUGGGCAAAUGACUCUCAAAAAGUAACUGGAAUCACAGCACUGCUUCAUAAUUAUGAUUAGUUCUCUACCAAAACGCUAGGUGGCACUAUUUUCCUGAAAGUGAGCAACCACAAUUCUCAUUGACUAUAUAGGUAGUUGGCUUCCUGUGUAGUAGUAGCAGUCAACAAUGGCGACAGAAGCGACAUUUCACUGUCGGUGAUGGUGUUACAACAUUUGAAAUAGUAAUUAGAUCCUCCAUCACUGCAAAACAAUAGGCUAUUAUUUGUUUGUACAACACUGGUAGUGACCCAUCUUGAAAUUAGCGAGUUGGUAGUGACAAUAUUGUGUGUUCGACGCCUUUUAAAAUGUCAAUGUCAUGCAAAAGUGUGGGGGAAAAAGUUGUGUAAGUUCCAUCAUAAAAAGAACUCGUGUGUUUGAUACAGCGACCCAAUUCACCAAGCUCAGUGUCAGUGAAAUAGUCAACUCUGGAUUAUAAACAGUACAAGUCAGUCAAAAUAUAUGCAAAGUAUUUAUUUUUAUAAAAAUAUAAUACCACUUGUGCACCGUAAAUGAUUACAGUCAUCCCUCGCUACAUCGCUGUUCGAGCAUCGUGCCCUCACUCUAAAUGAACUAAAAUACAAAUACAAGGCCGAAGAAGCGUUCCAAUUGUGAAUGCAGUAUUCUACAUUGGCCAAUAGGUGUCAGUAAUUGUUCAGCGAGACAAGUAUCAGACGUAAUGGGCAGAACAGGCAUUUAUUGAAGGUUUAAAUGAUCUCACAACAGGCACAAUAAUAACAUAAUAGCCAUGAUAAUAACACGGCCAAAUGUUAAAAAUGGUAUUUAGGAGAUCGUAAACAGGUUUUCCAUGCCAUAACUACAAAAAUAUUCAAUUUAUUAAUAUUGAAUCAUACUUAACUGGAAAUUCACUUAUCGCGGUCGGGUCUGGAACCAAUUAACAGCGAUAAACGAGGGAUGAGUGUACUAAUGUUUUAUGAACUGAAGUGCUAUCAACUAAGACUAUGCUACUCGUAACGACUGCAGACAAACAUGCUCAUUCCUACCGAGGGGCUCAUUUUCAGACAUCAUUGUGCACUUGUACUGUCCAUACUUAACAGUAUGUUCAUAAGACUUUGUAUAUUUUCCAUUAAAAAGUCAAGAA